GCACUCCGGAAAACUCUUACCUCCGCCUGCAAGCGCCGCAUGGAUUCCCCGCCCGGCCGCCCCGCUUCCCCCUCCCCGCACUGGCCGAAGGCGCUUGCAGGAGCUCGCCUUUGUUUUGGGAACCCGGGAGGCCAGCGCGCUCAGCCUCGCUUUUGUUGCAAGAGGGAGAAGCGCGCUGCUGGCUGGGCGGAGACGGAUCGGCCAGCAGCGGCGGCUCUGUUUCUCUCCAGCCCCCGGCAAGCCUGGCUCUCUCGCAGCGGGGGCAGGCAGGCGAGUGCAGGUUAUUCUUCUCUGCAAAGAGCUGUUACUACCAAGGGCAGGAAAUCUGCAUGUGACGCCGUGACGCCCAGCAAACAAUUCCCGGCGGGCUGGAGGGAUUUUCUCGCUGGCGCGCGCGCGCACGCGCUACCAACCCCGCCGCCGGGUAGGGGGUGAGGGGGUGGGGGAGAGAGGCAGGCAUAACGAAGAGGACAGAAUGCACGUGGGGAACGCAUCAAACACCCCUCCCCCCCACCCCGGACUCGCUGCAUAUUAUUUAUUUGCUCUGAAGGAAUUGGGGCCGGCAGCUUUCAACAAGGGGGGGCGGGUCCUGCAUGGCUUCUCAGCUCGACGGCAGCUCGCAAACUUCAAAACAAGGAGGCGCGUCGUCGGGAGCGAAGUGGGUGCUCGGCUCCGCCGCCUCCUUUGCCGCCUUCCUUCGCUCCCUCCCUCCCUUCCUCGAAUGGUAAAAAUGCAAAGGCCGCUUUCCAAGAACUUUCCAGGAACCGCGUCACGUGACAGCCCGGCUCCUGCGCCUCGGCUUUCAAUGGGGCUCGUCUUGCAGCAGCAGCCGCCACCGCCGCUCCUUUCUCUCUCGCUCUCCUCACAAUAGGAGUGGGAGGGAAGUGGUGCGGUUGCAAAAACAAAACAUAAGCGCCUGUCGCCCUGAAUAACAGCAUCGCCCGUCCGUCCGCCCGCCCCUGAAAAUGGUUUUUUUUUUUGCAAUCGCUAGGAAGCAGCCAUUUCUUCCGACUGACCGGUUGCCAAUGGAAAAGAGUCGAUGUUGUUGUUGUCAGAGAGAUUCUGGUGUCUGUAGCUAUUGAAAGAGAACUGACCGGAGAAACGUGCCAGUGGCCCAAUGGGUUAGUGCAUCUGGCUGUUAACCAGAAGGUUGGUGGUUCGAGACCACCCGGGUAUUGCAGAGGGUUGGACUAGAUGACUUUGGGAGUCCCUUUCAACUCGGAUGAUUCUAUGAAAUGUGUCGUACGAAACUGGUUAGGCUGGCUGGAGAUAUGUGAUCUUUACUUCAUCGAUGGGAGGUACGCCGAACCUGCGUGUCGAUGGUGCGCGAAUCUGUUCUGUGUGUACGUGGCAGACGCGUGUACGUACUCUGGUAAGCCACCAUUGGCAGCGCAGCUUCGCGUUGCGUGUACACAUGCCUUCGCCGAGUACGUGUGUGCGAUUGUGACACAGUGAUGGGUCGGUGCUUUCCCUUUGAAAGUGUGCAGUGGCCCAGAGGUGCCGGUUUAAGAGGCAACGAAAUCGCUGUUGAUAAUGGUCGAAUAGGUAAUGUGCAUUCCUUCAAAAUGUGGCAAGCUAGCCGUUUUAGAUCUGCUUGUUUCCCCCAGAAGGAAUGGGCAUGGUGUGCCAAUGAGUUUGUACUGGGGAAAAUCUAUAAUCAUUUCUAAUGAUUUAUUCCUGUACAUUCACAUGUAAAUAAAUCCUGUUGAACACAGUGGGGCUUCAUUCCAAAUAAACAUAGGAUUUGGGUUGCAAAGUGGCAAAGGAAACGACUGAUCCAUUCUUCUUAGUGAACAAAAUGAAAUUGCCCGUAAGGGGGGCACUGUGAAUAGCCAAGCAUUAUUCCAGCACCUCACCAAGUUUAGUAAAGCUCACGGAAUGAAGGCAAUUUGUUUCUUUCUUGUUGGAGAAUUUCCCCAUGUAAUUGGCAUUGGGCUUGAUACUGCAUCAUAUGCAUGGACAGUGAAAACAGGUUCCUACAAACACACCACCACUGUUUCCUUUAAGGAUGUGUAUUAAAAAAAACCUUUUGGCACCUGCUUGUUGUGGUUUAGAACCUGUAAAAGACAAGAAACCUGUUUUACUAGUUGGUACUGAAUGCAGUGAAAUAUUGUUAAUGAGAGUUCUACUCUAUACAGUGGUGCCCCGCAAGACGAAUGCCUCGCAAGACAAAAAACUCGCUAGACGAAAGCGUUUUGCGUUUUUUGAGCUGCUUCGCAAGAUGAAUUUCCCUAUGGGAUUGCUUCGCAAGACGAAAACAUCUUGCAAGUUUGUUUCCUUUUUCAUAAAACCGUUAAUACCCGGGGUGCAUUGCUUGAAGAGGUGCAGUUGCGACUUGACUUCGAGGAGCAACUCAUAGAACGCGGUGUGGUAGCCUUUUUUGAGGUUUUUGAAGACUUUGGUGAUAUUUGAAGCUUUUCCAAAACUUCUUUUGCAGCCAUUUGGUAAGUUAAACUUUUAAAACUUUUUUUGGGGGUUUUUGGAUUUUGGGUUGGGGUGUUUGGAAUUCAAGGACUUGGUGUUGGGGAGGGGUUUGCAAGAAUCUGGAAGCAUGUGUGUUUUUUUUCUGCAUUUUUAUGAUUUUUUGUGACCAUUGGGCCACUCUGCUGUUGUUGUUUUUUAAAAAAAAUCUGGAUUUGAAUUUCUGUGUGGUGGGUGGCUUGGGGAACAGUUGAGGAGGGGUUUGCAAGAAUCUGGAAGCUUGUGUGGUUUUUUCUGAAUUUUUAUGAUUUUCUGUGACCAUUGGGCCACUCUGCUGUUUUUUAAAAAAAAUUCUGGAUUUGAAUUUCUGUGUGGUGGAUGUGACUUUAAAGAGCACUUAAUAAACUCUUGUUGUACCAAAUUUGGCUUUGUUUGGACUUUUUUUAACCAUAGGAACGCAUUAAUUGAAUUUCAAUGCAUUCCUAUGGGAUUUCGUGCUUCACAAGACGAAAAAUUCGCUAGAUGAAAAAACUCGCGGAACGAAUUAAUUUCGUCUUGCGAGGCACCACUGUAAAUUACUAUUGGCCACUGAAUAAUCAAUCAAUCAAUCAGUCUAUAGUAAGAUAAUGCCUUAGGCACUGAAAAUAAAACAAUGGUGUGCUUAAAGCUUUUUCUUUAACUUUUGUGGCGGCAGGAAAACAACACAAAAAGUUAUUGUGAUAGAUAUAUCGCAUUUAUGAAUGUGUGGCAUGUUAUCCCAAGCAAGCCCCAGUCAUGUUUACGUGGAAUUUGGUCCUAGUGAGAUUAUUACUAUUUAUUAUUUAUUAAAUUUUUAUAUAGCACUGUAUCUGUAGAUCUUAGGGCGGUUCACAACAUAAAAGAUGAAAGAUACUCUCUCCCAAGUGAAGUGUGUGUAGAAUUGCAGCCUUAAACUGCAGCUCUGAAUGGUUGUAAAUACAGGGUUCAGACUUAGGGCCACGUCAUACAUUAAGCAUUUGGUUCCACUGUAUAUUUUUUAAAUAGAAAAUCCAGAGUGUUCGCCAUGCUUUACAUCUUUUCCUCCUCAGGCUGGCAGGAGGGUGAAGCCCAUGUAAUGCUAGCCUUGAAUUACAUUUGACUUUUUAUUUUACUUAGAAAGCAUAAACCCUACCCUUUCCGUGCAAUUUAAAUUACGUAAACAAUUACAAAUAAAGAAGCCCCAUGGAGGAAGUAAAACAGCAUAACAGUGGGAACAUCUUAAUCCAUCAACAUAAAACCCAUCUGCUGCAAGACAGUUUGUUAAAUGGAAAUACAAAAAUAAAAUCUCUUCACGUUUCUUACUAAAGCUGAGAAAAUAAUGAAAGAAGUGGGUUUAUACCUUUUAAAAAUGCAGCACCCAGGCUAAUUUUGGGAUUUAGGGCCAUAUAAUGCCAAUUCUGUGUGAGCUCCUCUGAUCUGCGUUUGGUUCCUAUGCAAGGGGCUGGUUCUUAACUUCGCAAUUCAGUACUUUCCAUGUUUCCUUAGAAGCCCCACUGUCUUUGAGAGGUUUACUCCCUAAUUAAAAGUGUUUAUGAUUGCACCCUUAAAACUCUUAGUAAUCUGGGACUAGGGUACUUGAGGAAGAGUGUCUUUUUUCAUGUGUACCUGCCUCCUUAGAGUGCUAUUGCCUAUCACUGUUAGUGGCUCUCUGAGAGGAAUGGCUCUCAGGUUGUUUGAGCCAAUGGCCCCAAGAAAGCCCAUUUACCAGAUUUUAGGACUGUGACUCCUUUAAAUGGGCUUCAGAGACUUGUUCAGUUUGAUAGGCAUUUUAUGGUUUAUAAAUAAUUUUUAUGGUUUAAAUACCUGAUCGGUUUUCUUGGUUGUUGUAUUCCAUUCCCACUUAUUUUCUUCAGAUAGGUUUGUUAUUUUUAGAUUGUAUUCUGCUUUCAUUUUUGUUCCCCUUUUUGAAUUGUUAUGUUGAAAAGGCAAGUUUCCUAGAUAAGUAAGCAAAAUAUUUAUGUGUGCUUCAAACUACGUUGUAUCUGUCUGUUGUAAGCAAUUGUUAUGAAUAGGGAGGACUUUGAUUCCCCCUACGUUUACUUCAAAUAAUUGGGGUUAGCUUCUGGCUAAGGCCACGGUUCUUGGCUUACUUUCCAGGAAGCAAUUCCCAUUGGAACUUGUUUCCAAGUAAACAUGCUCAGGAUCUGGUUUAUAUGGGUUUUUAGAAUUUGUAGGUGUUAAUUCAUUUCCUGAACACAUCAUGUAGAGAGUAAUAUGUAACUGGCUAUUUGUCCAGUACAAGACGGGUAUGGUGGCAAAGUAGAAAACGGCAUUGUAGAUUUCCAUGUUUCUAAUUCUAAUGCUAUAUUAAAAACUCUUGCUUUUGACUGAGUUGAGAAAAGUAAUUUGCAAGCAUAUCUGUUUAGAGCACUUUGUCCCAUGAGUACAUUAUUUCUAGCACUAGCUGGUUAAAAGUACAUUUUCAAUGCAUUGGAUUCCUAUUUACUUCUUUGUUGUCUUCAGAUUUGGGCUCCAAUCCUGUGCCUAGUUCCUUGUGAACCAUGAACUUAUUUAAUGAGCUUACCUUGUGAACUCUGAGCUUACCUCUGAGUAAAUUGCAUAGGACUAAGCAUGAUUAUCAAAUUAUGUGUAGUAAACACUUUCUGAGAUAUAUCCACAUGUUAAAACUUGUUGCUAAUUAAGUAUACAAUUAUGAGACGGAUAUACCUUAUAGUUAAGCUAUAAUUUAUUGACUAGUUCAGAAACAUUAGUUUCCCUUCUGGGGGACAACAACUCUGUAAAUAUUCCUAAGGCACAUUUUUGGUUUGUCUUGUACGUACUAGAAUUAAUGUCAGCAGAACAGGUCCGUGGGUGUUUUUAAAAAUUCAGAGCACAGUUGGGAACAAAUCUGUUGUGGAAGACAGUUUCAUUUAAUAUGGCCUAGUUUUAGACUUGAAAAAUUUUCUUAAGCCCAUCUGAUUCAUCCUGAAAAAAUUCUGCAAUGUAUUCUGAGACAAAUACGUCUUUAUUAAGUAUUUGUGGUAUGUGACUUCAUCCAGUUUUUGUUUGUUAAUUUUUUAAAAGAUAUAAACAGCAUCUUUAGACUUUCUCUGCUGCUAAAUUGCUUUCUCAUGAUCCUUUGUUUGAAUUUUCAAGAAACCUUUUCAGCUUCCUGCUGAAAAGAGAAAUAUGGGGUCACUAAAAAAGGAUUUCCAAAGGGUUAUGGAGUAAGCAAUAAUAUAAAAAUACAGAGGAAGUUAUUCUCCCUCAGAUUUAAUUACAGAAAAAAGACUCAUUAGGGUUCUUGUACUUGGCAAGUAGAUUAAUUAAUUACCUAUUCUUUUAUUAUGUUCUACCUCCAAGGAACUCAGGGAGUCUCCCAAGGUUCUCACUUUUUUGGCCUACCAUGCAUAAGGUAGGUUAGGCUGGGAGAGAGUGUGAUUGGCCCAAGGUCAGCUGGGGAACUUCAAGACCAAUUGGAGAUUUGAUUCUAGAGCAGUACAUAUUCCAGUACCCUAACCACUGCUUUAUGGGAUCUUGCAGUAUUUAAUUGAGAACAGAAUCUGCUUUUCCCCUCUGCAGCGACUGUAGUACUGAAAUGCAGAGAACAGAAAGCCUCCCUCUGGAGUAAUAGCAGCUGGUGGGUCCCGUUGUUGAUAUUUUCAUAUUUAGCAGGAUUGUGUGGCAGUGCUUUAAAUACUUGUGUCUUGGGCUAGUAUUUUAAUAUGUCACAGUAUUUUUUCAAAACUUUUUGAGUUAUCCCUCUUCUUUUCCCCUGCUGUCCUCACUUCCAAAUUGAACCUGAAUACCGGAAAAUUUGGGACAGAUAAAAUCAACACAGCAUGUAGUUGAUGGGAUUCACUCCCACAAGAUAUAGUGAUGACACUAACAUGGAUGGCUUUAAAAGAGAAUUAGACAAAUUCAUGGAGGAUAAGGCUGUCAAUGACUACUAGAAAGAGGGCUAUGUUCUACCUCCACUGUCAGAGGCAGUAUACAUAUGAACACUAUGGCAAUCAAAUAGGGAAAACUGCUGCUACACUCAGGUCCUGCUUAGGGGCUUUAUACAAGCAUCUUCGUGGCCCCUUUGAGGACAACGAUACUGGACUAGAUGGGCCUUUGGCCUGAUCUACCUGUAUUCUUAUGUAAACCUCAAAAAGUGGGGAAAUGAAGAUUUUUUUGCUAGUAAGAAAUUUGGUACGAAAAUGAAGGAAGUGAUGGCAGUGUUUCAAUAAGAAAUCAUUUGGUAUCUUAAAUAUGAAUUUGGGGGGACAUGACUGCCAUACUGUGCAUACUUACCUGGGAGUAAGCUCUAUUGAACUCAGUGAUGCUGACUUCUGAAUGCAUUGGCUCAACCAGUAAAAUACAUUAAACUAUAUCAAAGGUUUUUCAUCAGCCAGCUGAAAUGUAACCUUUUUUUGUUUGGAAAUACAAGCAAUAUUUAAAAAAAAAGUGGUAUCAUUUAAAUAGGGAACCUGAAAUUGGAAUCCCUACCAAAGAAAAAAAAAGUGUGCAACCUGAUUAUUUGCCCGACUUCCUCAUUUGUUUCUGUUUCUUUAUUGAUCCUAGACCAGGGUGGAUUUGAUUUAAAUCAAAUCAAUUUAAAUCACGAUUUAAAUCACUAGUCAGUAAGACUUGAUUUAAAUCUUCUUCUUUUUUUUUUUAACAGAAAGACUCAUUAUUGCUGGUAUAAUCUUAAUAUUUACAACCAGAUGAAGGUUUCGUUUUUGGAAUAAAAAAUUUAUAAAAAUAAUAGAUUUUUUUUUAAAAAAUCACUGCUUUUUAUCCACCCUGUCCUAGACCCUUCCAGAUUAGAAAACAACUUUCAGUUCUGACAUUUCUCAGUGACCGCAAGAAUUGUAGACUGAAAGUGAAUCAAGCUCCACCUUCCAUUCUCCCAGUCUUGUUUUUAACCUGAGUUCUUGGCGCCAGUUUAUUAACGUAGAUAAGAUAACAAGCAUUUUCUAACCUACAGAGAGACUGGUUUGAUUCCCUCCCUCUCCACACCUUCUGAAGGGUGUGGCCAGUGCAGCAAGGGCCCUGGUUAGUGAUUUGAUGGAAGCCUGGCUGCAAACUUAACCACACUUGCUAGGGCAGGGGGUCUCAAUUUGGGGGGGGGGGGCCUGGGGCACAUUUGGAAAUCCAAUAAACUGUAGACACGGCAAAAUACCCAUCUGGCAGAGGAAGAAAAAACAGUAAUCCUCAGAAUCGCACACAUACGCCAAUAAAAAGAAAACAAACCCGUAAGCCAAACACAUGUGUACCCGAAACAAAUAUACACAAACCCAAAACAAAAUAGGUGAUUUCCCAACCCCCAAAGCAAAAAACAAACAAAAAAACCCACCCUUGGUGAGUACCAAGAAGUGUGCCUGAGGGGGCUACAUUGAACUCAGGCUUUCUUCUGAAUAAAUUUGGUUAGGAUUGUACUGUCAAACUGGUAAACGCCUUCUAGCAAUGAGUUACAGACUGGAUGAGAGUAAAAGCUUAAAACACGUUUCCUCUUGUGCCCCAAAUUGAAGUUUGCCCUGCUCGUUGCAAAAAUGAAGAUUCGGAGAACAGGGUUACAUUCAAUAAGUUAUGGGAAGGUGUAAUAUGUUUUCUGACAAAUGGAAGACAAUGUUACAUAAUUAACAGUGUGUUGAAUUUGGACUACAGGGGACCAGAGUUGAGAUCCUUGAGAGGGAGAAAACAAAGCAACACAUAAAUGCAGUGCUUUUUUUUCUAAAAUAAAAAUGUUUAGGGGUACUCUCAUUUUCCUACUCAUAUUGAAAUACUGCCCCUCAAUGAGGCCAAACUUAGAUUCACAAAAUGUUUAGGGGUAUGCAUAUCCCUGCGUACCCCAUGAAAAAAGCACUGCACAAAUGCAAACUUUUUCCGACUCCUUACUGAAAAGAGAAUAUGCAUUCUUGUACUUGAGACCCUUUUUUACUGCAGUAUUGCUGAGGCUCUUCACAUAUUUUCUCACUUAAGCAAGAAUUUUUUUUCUAACCAAAGUGGCAUAGCAGAAUAUGACAAAUAACAUGACAACUUUACUGUUUUUCCUGAAAAGAAGUAUGCUAAUUAAAUUGAACACAUGAAUUUGCCUUAUACUGAAGGCCAGACUAGAUGCAAGAUUUAAAAAUACAUCUUUGCAUUAACAUGCAAAUUGUAAAAAAUGCAAAUAGAAGGGCUGAUAAUUGGGAUCAUCGUAGGCAUAGCAGUUGCAGGGUGUGAGUCUAACCCGUUCCUCCCCUGCUGUGGUCCUAACAAAAAAUUAUCCUGCAACAUUACCGUUUCCAAUGUGCUUGUAGUAUUUAUUUUCCUGCUGUAUUUUGAACUCUCUGGAUACUCUUCAGUAAGCAAUUCUCAAUCUGUUUCCCCACCUUAAAAGAAUUCUUUAUUCAUAACUACAAAUUUAACGCACAAGUUUGUUGUGAAACAGAAAGCAACUAACUAACUCUAUGCCUAUCUAUCACACGGAUGAAAGAUGGGGUUCCCAGACUAUGGCUGCAUUUGUUUAUAUCUGGAAUUAUUUCCAGAAUUAUUUCCAGCCUUGACCUGGCCAUUGAAAUCUUACGUUUGCCUAAAAAUUGGAUAUUAUGGGGUGGGGAAAUUUUAUGUUCAUGUUUGCUUUAGUACAUAUUGGCCGAAGGUUAUUAUGUAUAUCUGAUGGUUUGACGAAAACUAGUUUUUUUGUGUUUUUAAAGAAAUCAGCAAUUCUGAGAAUUCAGGCAGAAAAUGAGUAAUUCUGAGAAUUCAGGAAGUGUGCUGCAUGUCACGCCUUCCUCCAUUUGAGCCAACACAGACUUUGAGACUCGGAUCCCAACAGGUUUUACAUAAUGGCACCCAUGCAAGUCUAGCUCUGUGUGCCAGUGUCAACUAUUAUGUUGGGGUGGGAGGAAGUAUUCCUGCCUGCCUUCCACAUGCUGCUUUCUUUGGUCUUGGAAGAAAAACUCGCACUUGGAUUUCAACAUAGUAUUUCUCUCCUUCCUGGUUUCAGUUCAGAGUUAGCAUAGGAAGACCUGUUUUCUAGCCCUGCCACAGGAUGGGCUCUUCUCCAAUUAGAACAUCGGGAAUGCUUGGCAAGAAUAAACUUCAGGAAUACUUGGCUGCGUUUUCAUUUUACAACAGAAGUACAGACUAGGGAUGACAGUAUCUUACUCAGUCUUAAAGGUGAUGGUCCAGUUGGAGGAGUUGCCUCUUCCUUAACAACCGUUUUGGGGUGAUCCCAGAUACCUGCUAGGCAAGAAUUUGAAUCCACACCUUUUUAUUUUGCUCAGGGCUGGGACAUGGUUGAAGAAUAUGAAGAAGUGGAAACCUACAAGGAAUUGUUGGAGGCAGGUGAGAGAAAUUACUAGUUUGGUUCCUUAUGGAAUUUAUGCCAUACUCUUCAAAAGGUGAAGCUUGCAAUAAAACAAAAGCAUUGAAAUUCUAUCUUCUGUUUUAAUUUAUUGAGUUUAUUAGCUCUAAUCCAGUCCAUUACCCAGGAACAAUUUAUAUGUGCAUUAAAUUUUGUUACCUGCCUAAUAGUGUGCUUCUGUAGAACCAAUUGAAAAGACAGUGGUAUUUUCGCUUAAUUUCUGCACCUGCUAAUUAUAAUGUACAACAGAUUAAGGUUUAUUACACCUGCUCCACCCACUUAACAAUAAACAAACAAUCUAGCCUCUAGAUGGGGAAACAGGAAUAUCAGGUUUAAGCUUGCUGAUGGCUGCAAAGCAUUUUAGAUGCAAUUAAGAUAAUAAAAUUGUGAGGGAAACCUGUUGAGG